AUGUCGCCAAACGACGCUGGGGAUGUCCCCUCCUCGCCUGAAUCUGACACCGAGCAAGAAUCGAGCAUCAUGGCUGAGGAAAAGUACAAUCGUGCAUCUACUGACGAGAAGUCUCCUGAUCGAGCCAGCAAUGGCAACAAGCCUGCUAAGAGCAACGCCAAAGAUCCUUCACGGCCUCGAAGGAAGAAAGCGCGGCGCGCGUGUUUUGCUUGCCAACGAGCACAUCUGACUUGCGGUGAUGAACGGCCGUGCAACCGAUGCAUUAAGCGCGGUCUUCAAGAUCAGUGCCACGAUGGUGUUCGCAAGAAAGCCAAGUAUCUACACGACGCGCCACCGGAAGCACUAUUGCCUGGAUAUCAAAGCACUUACACAAUCAAUGGCGGGCAAACAAUGCCAACAGGAUCAGCCCCUUCUAUGAGCUCUGGCAACAUGUCUGCGCCGCAGGCCAGCAACUACUAUCCCUCUGCACCCUCCUUCCCACAGUACGGACCUGUUGGCCAGCCGAACCAUCUAGGCCAUCAAGACCACACCAGUAGGACGGGCAAUGCACAUCAGCCACCGGCCAUGAGCUCGCCGAUGCAGUAUCAGCAACAGCAACCAAAUAGUCAGCAAGUCUCACCGGCUCACGAUCUCUCGAACACAGUGGAUCAACCGUCAGCGAUAGGCAACAUCAGCAACCCUUCAUUCGAAGCGUCGCUGUUCGACCCAGCCGAUCCAGGAAUGUUCUUCAAUCUUGCAGACAUGAACUUUGGCAAUCACUACGGCGCGCUGGAAUUUGGCAUGCUAGGCCACAUGACCUCCGGCGCAGUCAAUACCCCAGACGUGGACGUGCUUGACUCGAUGAACAGCUCCGGCAGCUUCUCGUACGACGGCACGGGGGGAUUUCCAAUUUCAAGCUUUCCUUACACUCAGGGGUACCAACCUUGGCAGACAUCGGGAUCUAGGCAAGGCAGUACGACGAACCUGUGGGCACUGCACCACAACGGCAUGGAUGCGUAUGCUGUCGCGGAUACCACAGGCUCGUUCACCGACACCAGCCCACAAUCGCAAAGUCAAGACUGGAAUAUGGACUAUACGUCCAGCAAUGUCUCGCCUCAGACCCAGUUCGUCCAACCUGAUCACCAGCGUCAGCACGAAUCACAACGUCAUCGUCACCGGCAAUCAGCACCCUUUCCCGACGACUUCGGACCGAUGAUGUCGAAAAAGGCCCGGCGGAACACCAAGCAUAUUUACGCCUCAGUAACCAAGCCGUAUCCCUACACCCAACGAUUCCACAGCCUCUUCGCGUUCAUGUACAAGCGCUUUUCCUCGGAAAGCCGAAUCCGAGUGGCAGAGGCUCUAUCUUUGAUCCGGCCGUCAUUCAUCUCUGCGACUAAGGAUCUGAGUGAGGACGACCUGAUCUUCAUGGAGCAGGGGUUCCAACGGCAGCUGGUGGACUACGACGAUACCUGGCAGCAGACGGGAACUCCUAGCAUCAUCUGCCGCCGCACGGGGGAGGUCGUCUCCUGUAACAAAGAAUUCAGCCUGGUCACCGGUUGGCAGAGGGACGUACUGCUGGGCAAAGCACCAAACCUGAACGUCAACUUCGGCAGCAGCACUGGCACGCACACCGGCAGCAGUACCAGGGGAGCCGUCACGCCCGACACGGAGAGCGAAGCCACACUUCCAGAACCCGUCUUCAUCGCCGAGUUAAUGGACCAGGACGACGUCGCCGGCUUCUGGGAGGACUUCGCGGCGCGUGCAUUCGGCGCUUCGACGUCCUCGAUGGCUGGUGUGACGUGUUCGCUCAUGAAGUACAAGACGAAGAAUGAUCCGGGCUGGGGUCCUGAGGACCGGUUGGGUGAUGGCAAUCGUCGGUCUAUGAAGACGGAGCGUGAGAAGGGCGGUUCCGGUGCGUUGGGCGAGCGCGACGGCAAGCUGGAUAUGUCGAUGACUUGGCUGGUGCGGCGGGACAUGUUUGACAUUCCGAUGAUGAUUGUGAUUAACGUGAGUUGUGCCAACAAUCCACCUUUCGGUUGGGCAGGUGCUGACUUGCUGCAGUUCCUUCCUAUGAUUUAG